AACAAAAAACUUCAACUGCCGUCAAAACAAGCAGCAACGACCAAGUGCAGCGGGCUGGCGAUUCUUGGACCGGAGUUGGAAGAGAUCCGUCUUGUUUUUCAUUGUUUUACACGUGAUUAUAGCUAUUAAUACGGUCCCACUUGCUUACUGUACCCUUCGGAGAAAUGAAGCGUGCGCAACCUUCAUUUUUGAAUGCGAUCGAAAGCAGCGUUGAUCGCCGCCGUCGUCCUCGGCCGAUCAGUCGCAUUAGGUUGGAAACAUUACUGGCUGAUGAUCGUCAAUCGUGUGUGUCUUUGCCCCAGGGAUCAACGAUGCCGCAUGCCGACGCCGUGUUGGACGAAGUGUUUGGGGACCAGUAUGAGCCGGAAGGUGCCGUGAUGGAGCCGAAGGAGGAGGAAACGGUGAAGGUGUGUCUGCGCUUACGGCCCUACACAAAGAUGGGCGGUCGCAUGUCGUUCAAAAUCAAGGAAAACACAUUGAUUGCCCGCUGCCAGGGUGAAAAUCUGUCCUCGUCCGAAAAGCACUACACAUUCAGCAACGUGUUCGAGGACAAUGUGUCGCAGGCGGAGGUGUACGAUUGCUGCAUCCGGCCCACAAUCCGUCCGACGCUGGGUGAACCGGGUGCUACCUUUCUGACGUAUGGAACGUCGGGUUCCGGCAAAACGUACACCUUGCUGGGGAAUGAAGGACAGCCCGGCAUUGUGCCACGAUCGAUUGAGCAGAUAUACGAGGAGCUGUACGAUCACAUUUCGACCGAGCCAAGUCUGAAGAUGGAAUGUAUGAAACCGAUACCGCUGAGCGAUGAAUCGGUGCUGGAUGAGUUGCGAAAGCUGCGAACCAUCAAGACACGGCUGGGUCAGGGAUGCGAGGAGAGCCAGGCAUUAAUCAGUGAUAUCAUCCAGAGCCAGCAUCAGUUCCAACCGCUAGACAUGGGAGACAAGCGUGUGUUCAUAUGGAUAUCGUUCGUUGAGAUUUAUAAUGAAAAUGUGUACGAUCUGCUAAACCUGGACGGUGACUACGGGUGCAAGCGCAAACCGAUGAAGGUCUUGUCGAACGAUGGGAAUGCAUACAUCAAGGGCCUUUCCACGCUGUACGCUGGGACGAAGGAAGACGCGUACAAUUUGCUACAGUACGGGUUGCAGAGUGCCACAUACGGUGCUACGGAUGUGAACAGUAACUCCAGCCGAUCGCACAGCAUCUUCACGGUCACCGUCAUCACGCACUCGGUAUCAACGCAGCGAAUUUCCCAAUCCGUUUACAAGUUUUGUGAUCUUGCCGGGUCGGAACGGCUGAAGAAAACGGGCACCUUUGGGGAUCGUUUGAAAGAGGCGCAGAAAAUCAACACUUCGCUGCUGGUGCUGGGCCGCUGCCUCGAGACGGUUCACAAGAAUCAGAAAACGAAGAAAAUACACGAUCUGGUGCCGGUGCGCGAUUCCAAGCUGACCAUGAUCAUUCAAUCGGCCCUGCUGGGCAAAGAGCCGAUGACGAUGAUCGUUAACGUGUAUCCGACGGAAGAGUUUUACGAUGAAAAUUUGAACGUGCUGAACUUUUCCUCCAUCGCCAAGCAGAUCGUUAUAAGCAAGCAGCCGAAGAUCAUGAAAGCACCGCACAGCACACGGUAUUCGUUUUUCCUCUCACAAGCGAUGGGCAGUCCAUCGUCGAAGAUCGACACCAAUCAGCUGCUGGUGGAGUACGAGAACUUAAAGCAGGAGAACGACCGUCUGAUCGCCGAAGCGGAACAGAAGAAUGCGGAGAUUGAUUGUCUUCAGAAGAAGUUGGUCAUACAGGAGUUUCAGCUUCGCAACGAGCUGACGGAUAACUUUCAGCAGCAUUUCGCUAAUAUGGAAGAGUCGUUCCAGCUACGCAUCCAGAGUGCACAGGAGCUGGCCAUACUCCCUUUCAAGCAUCAGAUGGCCUCGCUUGAGAAGAAGCUCAAAUCGAAAGAGCAAACGAUUAUGGAGAUGGAAGACGAACAGGACGAUUAUGAAAGGAAGCUGAAAGCGUACGAAGAAGAGCUGAACAAGUAUCGCUUGCAGCAGAGCCGUGUCCGAAGACUGUCGGUUUAGAGAGAGAGAGAGAGAGAGAGAUAGUAAAGCGUCUUCAUUUUUAAACACUUUUUGAAAAUACACUCAUUUCAUGUUUCAUUUAUA